AUGGCCGACCUUGACGUCUUGAUGGACGAGACGUUGACGCUCUGCAAAACCCCGCCCGUACCCCGACGCCACCCAUACCGCGAGUUCUACCAGUACCGGAAAUCUCUUCCUGUGACGCCCUCAAAGCCUGAGAUGGAAAUGGUGGGCCAGCCAAUGUUCCAGUUCAGAGCGCCGGCCCCCGCCCCCGCUGGUGAACUGGUCCCCAAGCCGUUGUUCAGCAGAAGCAACAGUCUACCGUCGCGCGCAACACGACCAUCGCUACCUGUGCGACCAUCCGAGCCAUUUCAAUUCAACGCAGACAUUGUCAAAAGCCCCUCACCUCUGUUCAGUAGGAGGAACACGCUGCCAUCGAGGAUUUCUCGCGCCGCUGCCGCCGAAAGAAAGCCCUCGCCCUUGUCGCGCAGAGAGGAUGCACACUCAACCGGUCCGACCCACUUCGCGCCCACGAAACACACGUCACCAGCCGACUUGUCAUCCAAGGACUCGAACACCAGCAAGCGACGCUCUUUCCCGGCACGAGCGUCCAGCGUUCCUACUGCUCCAAAAAGACCGUCUCCACUUUCUGGUAAAGGCAGUUUGCGCCAAUCCGGAGGGGCUGCCCACAUCGCGCCCAUGCAGCCCGUAUCUCCAAUCGUUCUAUCGCCUGCCAUCUCUCACACUAGCUCCGCAGUUUCAUCGCCAACACCCUCUGUCUUCUCCACAGCAGACUCUGCCAGCUUUUCUGCAUCGACACCCUCAACGCCUGCCACGUCGCCGCCCAGUACCCCAAAGUCCGGCACCCAACCACAGGUGUGCUACUUCACCGCAACCACGUGGAACUUCAAGACGUCGCCUUCCCCAGUCUACAUCCCCAGAAACAAGUUGAGGAGGAAGGAUAGCCCGCGAUUCGAGACGCUGAGGACUCUUCGCGCCAAAGAGUCGGACGCAUGUCUUGAGCGAGUAUACGGUCAGCGCACCUCAGCCUACCUGGCAUGGACAGGUUUCGAAGCAUUCACGAACUAA